AUGGAGGAAGUCUACGUCUUCGGUGACCAAACGGCAGACUGCCGGGCGUUCUUCACAAAAGUCUUUCCAAGAAAGGACGAUGUAGUAUUACAGGCCUUCCUGGAAAGAGCAAGUGAAGCCGUCAGAGUCGAGAACCGGACGAGAUCACAUCCUUCCAAAGCAGUUCCCGAUUUCAACACAAUACAAGAAUUAGUCGAUCGUUAUUACAGCAGCGAGCACAAAGAUGCCGCCAUCGAAAGUGCUUUACUUUCCAUUUCUCAAUUUUGUCAUUUUUUUGGAGCAUUUGAAGAGCGUACACCAACAUAUAUAUCACCUAAUGCAGAUGCCAGACUCGUUGGUCUGUGCACUGGUCUAAUAACCGCUACCGCAGUUUCCUGCGCCGAUUCUCUUACCGCCCUCCUUCCCCUCGCCACCGAGACCGUACGAAUUGCUUUCAGAGCUGGAGCCCAUGUUGGAAAGGUUGCCCAACAGCUUGAGGUUGACUCUGAGAGCAAGUCCUGGUCGACACUCGUGGCCACAGAUGAGAAAUCCGCUCUGGCAGCCCUGGAAAGCUUCCAUGCGGAAAAGAACAUCGCUCCCGCAAACAAGCUAUGGAUCUCCGCAUCUUCAGCAUCUUCCGUCACUAUCAGUGGCCCUCCCUCCACAAAAGCUCGCUUGUUCGAGACCUCGGAUUUCUUCCGCUCGAAAAAGAAUGCCGCCGUCCCUGUUUACGCCCCUUACCACGCAAACCACCUACACUUGGAGAGUGACGUCCAGAAGAUUCUCCGACCGCAGACAAAGGAGAUCUUUGGCGCUCAGUCUCAAAAAUUCCCAAUCUGCUCCAGCAUUUCUGGCAAGCCAAUCCAAGGCAAGAAUGGUUUGGAGGUGCUGGAGGAGGCUCUCAGAGAAGUCAUUCUCGAGCCAAUUCGCUGGGACAAGGUUCUGAAGUACAUUGUCUCCGGCAACCCAUCCGAGGCCAAGGUGUUCGCUGUCGGAGUGACCAACCUCACCAGCAGCAUCGUCUCUGCUCUCAAAGCCACUGUAUCCCAAGUCACUGUGGAAGAUCAGUCGAAGUGGACAUCAGUAGCUCCUGCAGGUACCAAGCAAUCCAAGCGUGAAGCUGAUAUUGCUAUCGUUGGUUUCUCGGGUCGGUUCCCUGAUGCUGCCAAUCACGAACUUUUCUGGGAUCUGCUCGUCAGAGGUCUGGACGUCCACAAGCCAGUUCCUGCCGACCGUUUCCCAGUCGACUCUCACGUUGAUCCCUCAUCGAAGAAGAAGAACACCUCGCACACGCCAUUCGGUAACUUCAUCGAGAACCCUGGCCUUUUCGACGCUCGAUUCUUCAACAUGUCUCCUCGAGAGGCCGCGCAAACUGAUCCUAUGCAACGUUUGAUCAUGACCACCGCCUACGAAGCCAUGGAAAUGUCUGGUUUCGUUGCCAAUCGAACACCUUCUACUAAACAAGACAGAAUUGGCACUUUCUAUGGUCAGACCUCUGACGAUUGGCGUGAGGUCAACGCUGCCCAAGACAUCGACACCUACUUCAUCUCGGGUGGUGUCCGAGCGUUUGGUCCAGGUCGCCUGAACUACUUCUUCAAAUGGAGCGGACCCUCUUUCUCGGUCGAUACUGCCUGCUCUUCCAGUUUCGCUGCUAUCAAUGUCGCUAUCACGUCUCUUCGAGCUGGUGAAUGUGACACUGCUUUCACUGGUGGUGCCAACGUUCUUACCAACUCGGAUAUUUUCUCUGGUCUUUCACGUGGUCACUUCUUGAGCAGAACUGGCUCCUGCAAGACUUGGGACAAUGACGCCGACGGCUACUGCAGAGGCGAUGGUGUUUGUACCGUCAUUCUGAAGAGAUUGGAGGAUGCUGUAUCCGACAGAGAUCCAAUUCUGGGUAUUGUUCGAGGUAUCGGCACCAACCACUCUGCUCAGGCUGUCUCCAUUACACAUCCUUGUGCCGAGAAUCAAUCAUUCCUGUUCGACAAGGUUCUAAAGGAGUGCAACGUCCCAUGCAACGAUGUCAACUACGUCGAAAUGCACGGAACUGGUACCCAGGCUGGUGACGGCAUCGAAAUGGAGUCUGUCUCCUCUGUCUUCGCUCCUCGAACGGGUCGAAGACGCCCAGAUCAGCCACUCUACGUCGGUGCCGUGAAGUCUAACAUCGGCCACGGCGAAGCUGUUUCUGGUGUCUGUGCUUUGAUCAAGGUUCUCCUCAUGAUGCAGAAGAGUAUGAUCCCUCCUCACACAGGUAUCAAGAAGCAGAUCAACAAGAACUUUGCACCAGAUCUAAAGGAGCGUGGUGUCAACAUUGCUUUCGAGCCAACACCUUUCCCACGACCAGCUGGUGGCAAGCGUAUUACCUUUAUCAACAACUUCUCAGCUGCUGGUGGUAACACAGCUAUGCUCUUGACUGAUGGUCCUGAGAUCCGAAGAAUCCCAACACCAGACCCUCGCUCUACUCAGGUCGUCACCAUCUCUGCUAAGUCUCUCGGUGCCAUGAAGAAGACUCUCGCCAAGUUCGAGGCAUAUGUGAACGCUACUCCUGAGCUUGGUCUUGCUGACCUGGCCUAUACCACCAGUGCUCGACGAUCGCACUAUACAUACCGAGCAUCAUUUCCUGUGCAGACUGUUGCGCAGCUCUCAUCGGCUCUCAAAGCCAUUCAAUCCGAGACACACAACCCAAUCCCAUUGGCUGCGCCUCAGAUGGCUUUUGCCUACACUGGACAGGGUUCGCAAUACACUGGCAUGGGCAAGAAGUUGUUUGAGACAUCCCAGCAAUUCCGAGGUGAUAUCGAAGAGUUUGAUGAGAUCGCUAUUCGACAGGGUCUGCCUUCAAUCAUGCCUCUCAUUGAUGGCAGCGUCGAGGUGCAAAAUCUGCCUCCUACUGUUGUGCAACUUGGUAUGUGCUGCAUCCAGAUGGCAUGCACUCGUCUCUGGUCUACAUGGGGUGUUGAGCCAAGCGUCGUUAUUGGUCACUCACUUGGUGAGUAUGCCGCUCUUCAAGCUGCCGGUGUUCUCUCAGUGGCUGAUACCAUCUACCUUGUCGGAAAGCGAGCGUCUCUCCUCGAGAAGAAAUGCACUGCUGGCACUCAUGCCAUGCUCGCUGUUCGAUGCCCAGUUGCAGGGCUUCAAGACGUCGUCGCAAACAGUGAAGGCAAGAUCGAGAUUGCCUGCAUCAAUGGUGUCUCGGAUACUGUUCUUUCAGGAACCAUGGCCGACAUUGAUGAGGUCGCACAGAAGCUGGCUGAUGCUGGUCAGAAGUGCACCAAACUCAAGUUGCCAUUUGCUUUCCACUCUUCCCAGGUUGACCCAAUCCUUGAAGACUUUGAGAAGCUUGCUGCCAACAUUACUUACAACGCCCCACGUGUGCCAGUCAUCUCUCCUCUGCUGAGCGACGUCGUUACCUCUAGCGGCGUUUUUGAUGGCCUGUACUUGAGCCGACACUGCCGCAAGACAGUCGAUUUCGUAGGCGGUCUUGCUGCGGCAAUGUCUUCCUCGACCAUCAGCGAAACCUCGCUCUGGCUCGAGGUUGGUGGACAUCCAUUGUGCGCAAGCAUGAUCAAGUCUUGCCUCUCCACUUCGACCCUGCCGACCAUGCGACGAGAUGACGACCCAUGGAAGAUUAUCUCUCAAUCCAUGGCUACUCUCUAUACUUCUGGCAAGCCAUUGAACUGGAAUGCAUUCCACAAGGAGAACGAUCAACUCCGUGUCAUCCACGACAUGCCUUCUUAUGGAUUUGACGAGAAGAACUACUGGCUCCAGUAUAGUGGUGAUUGGUUGAUCUACAAGGGCGAUUACCCCAAGUCCAAGGCAAUCGAGGCUGCACCUGCCCCUGUUGCUGCUGCCCCAGUCAAGCCACGAAAAUGGCUAUCCACUGGUGUUCAGGGUAUCGUGUCCGAAGACAUUAAAGGACAGACUGCGACUGUUAUCGCCGAAUCUGACUUUGCCGAUCCAAAGCUGUUCCCUGUCAUCUCUGGCCAUCUCGUCAACGGCUCGGGUCUGUGCCCAUCGACUCUGUAUGCUGACAUCUGCUACACUCUCGUCGACUAUGCUUACAAGCUACUGAGACCUGGUCAAGAUGCUCACAUCAACAUUGGCACCAUGGAUAACCCCGCUCCUCUACUGCUCAAGAACAUCAAAGAGCCUGAGUCACAGACCUUCAAGUCGUCCUGCACAGUUGAUCUUGCCGCUGGUAAGGCUGACUUUACCAUUACAUCUUGGAACGGCAAGAAGGAUGUGGUCCAUGCCAAGUGCGUCUGUGUCUUCGAAGACCCAGAGACCUGGAAGUCCGAGUGGGCCAAGCAAGCUUACUUGGUGCAAUCUCGAAUUGACCUCCUCAAGCACAAGGUUGAGAACGGCGAAGCUGACAAGGUCAGCCGACCAAUGGCCUACAAGCUCUUCACUGCUCUUGUUGACUACACUGAUGCCUUCCAGGGCAUGCAGAGUGUCCUCUUCGAUGGUCCUGAAUUUGAAGCUGCCAGUACUGUCAAGUUCAGACCUGGCGCUUCCGAGGGCAGUUUCUUCAUGAACCCUUACAUCAUUGACAGCUUGUGCCACAUCACUGGUUUCACAGUCAACGCCACCGUCAAUCCCCAAGAUGAGUGCUACAUUUCCCACGGUUGGAGCAGCUUGCGACUUGCCGAGAAGCCACAGCUCGAUAAGACCUACUCUGCUUACGUCAAGAUGCAACCUGUUGCAGGUUCCAAAAUGAGAGCUGGUGACGUCUGGAUCUUCAACGACAAGAAGGAAGUCAUUGGUGUCGCUGGUGGUAUUCGCUUCCAGUGCAUUCCUCGCAAGUUGAUGGAUGUCAUGAUGCCAAAGCCUAAGGGUGCCGCUGCUGCCCCAAGCACCAAGCCUGCUGUUGCUGCUGCUCCAUCACCUGUCGCGUCACGAAUUCCAGCUCCAGCUGCAGCUGCACCUACACCAGCGCCUAAGCCAGCUAAGGUCAAGAAGGAGAAGGCGCCAAAGCCCAAGAAAGCUCCUGCUGCUCCAAAGCCUGCUGGAGGUUUAGCACAGAAAGCCUUCGAUAUCAUCGCUCAAGAGAUUGACGUCGAUCAUGCUGAGCUUGUCGACAACGUGCAAUGGGCGGAUCUUGGUGUUGACAGUUUGAUGUCUUUGACCAUUUCGGGCAAGUUCCGUGAGGAUCUUGAUUUAGAGGUCGAAAGUAGCUUGUUCACCGAUUAUGCAUCUGUCGGUGCUCUGCGAAAGCAUCUGUCGGAGAUGGCUGGACCCGCCGUUGCUGCCCCUGCUGACGACACUGACUCGACUGAAUCAACUGAUGGCGACUCCGAGAGUGAAGACGGCACAGUUGAGUCUGGUCUUACCACUCCUGAGCCCGAGGAAGUCGCACCUAAGGCUGAGACUGGUCGAUCAGCAGCCGUUGAGUCCUACGCUGCUCCACCAGCAGCUGGUGGCGCUGACAUGAUUGAGACUAUCAGACGUGUCAUUGCUCAAGAAAUGGAAAUGGAGCUUGAUGAGAUUGUUGAGACCACAGAUCUUAGCAACCUUGGCAUGGACUCGCUCAUGGCCUUGACUGUCCUUGGCAAGCUCCGUGAGGACCACGACAUCGACCUUGAUCCAACCAUCCUGGCCGACAACCCAACUCUUGGUCAUCUUCGAAAGGCUCUCGGACUUGAGGCAACUCCAGCUCCACCUAAGAAGACUGCUGAGCCAGCUAAGCCAGUCGCUGCACCUGUUGUAACUGCUACUCCAGCUCCUGCUACCCCAAUCCCAAUCGUGGUCAACAUGCCUCCGGCCACAUCCGUCCUGCUUCAAGGUAACCCAAAGACUGCCACCAAAAACUUCUUCCUGUUCCCUGAUGGUAGUGGAUCCGCCACCUCCUACGUCUCGAUUCCAGCAAUUGACAGCAAGAACCUCGCAGUCUAUGGCCUCAAUUGCCCGUUCAUGAAGGAUCCUACUAGCUACACAUGUGGUAUCGAAGGCGUAUCCAAGCUCUAUCUUGAAGAAGUCAUGCGCCGUCAACCCAUCGGACCAUACAUCCUCGGCGGUUGGUCUGCUGGAGGUGUCGUCGCCUAUGAAGUCGCCAAGCAGCUGUCUCAGCUGUCCAAAUCAAACCCUGACAAGAACUGGUAUGUUGAGAAGCUCAUCUUGAUCGAUUCACCAUGCCCAGUAAAGCUCGAGCCCCUGCCAGCUCGUCUCCACCACUUCUUUGACGAGAUUGGUCUUCUCGGAACUGGUACCGGCAAGACGCCUAACUGGCUCUUGCCUCAUUUCGAAUACAGCAUCAAAGCAUUGACUGCCUAUCGCCCAGAGGCAGCCGAAAGAGCUGGAUUCGUACCCCCGCCCACUCUUAUGAUAUGGGCAACAGAUGGUGUGUGCGGAAAGCCAGGCGAUCCAAAGCCACCACCACAAGCCGAUGACCCAAAGAGCAUGAAAUGGCUCUUGGAGAACAGAACUGACUUCGGCCCUAAUGGCUGGGACAGACUACUCGAUGUCAAGAAAUGCAAGAUGGUUACUAUCAAGGGUAACCACUUCACCAUGAUGAAGCCACCUGUUGCCAAGGCAGUUGGACAGCAAAUUCGUGAAGCCAUUCAGGGCUAA